CAGUGUAGUGGAAUGUUGUUAGUGGGAGUUGAACUGUGGCAGGCUAACAGUUAGCCUUCUAAGCUGAGUUUGGCCAGGGAUUCAAAGAAGAGGGAUCAAAAAUGCCUCACUUCACAGUAGUGCCAGUAAAGGAUCAGGCUGAGCCCAACUAUGAUAGUUUAGAAGGGAUAAACUGGGUUGAUUACAGGGACACUGGACAGGACUGUCCUGACCAUCAAGAUGGUGCUGAUGGACAUGGGAAUCAUAAAGAAGACAGCCCUUUCCUUAGCAGCGCUGAUUCCACUGGCAGAAAGAAUGACUACUAUGAUAGAAACCUGGCUCUAUUUGAGGAGGAGCUUGACAUCCGGCCGAAGGUUUCCUCUCUGCUUAGCCGACUGGUCAACUACACCAGUAUCACGCAGGGUGCAAAGGAGCAUGAGGAAGAAGAAAGUGCUGAGGCCUCACUCAGAAAAACCCCCAAGUCUCCCAACAUGGGUACUCUGAUGGGCGUCUACCUGCCGUGCCUCCAGAACAUCUUUGGGGUCAUUCUCUUCCUUCGACUAACCUGGAUUGUGGGGAUGGCCGGCAUCAUACAGUCCAUUCUGAUUGUCCUCAUGUGCUGCUCAUGUACGAUGCUAACAGCCAUAUCAAUGAGUGCUAUAGCAACUAACGGUGUUGUUCCAGCUGGAGGAGCGUAUUUCAUGAUCUCCCGCUCACUUGGCCCUGAGUUUGGAGGAGCUGUGGGGCUGUGCUUCUACUUGGGCACCACCUUUGCCUCUGCUAUGUACAUCCUUGGAGCCAUUGAAAUCUUCUUGAAAUAUAUGGUCCCUCAAGCGGCUAUUUUUCACUCUGCUGAUCACCUUGGUCGUGACAGUGCCUUGCUGAACAACAUGCGGGUGUACGGCACUCUCUGCCUCAGCCUGAUGGCUGUGGUGGUCUUCGUGGGAGUCAAAUAUGUCAACAAGUUGGCUUCCCUUUUCCUGGCCUGUGUUAUUAUCUCAAUUGUUUCCAUCUAUGCUGGGGGAAUCAAAUCUUUGACUCAUCCGCCGAAAUUUCCGAUAUGCAUGUUGGGCAACAGGACUUUGGUGAGGGAUGCCUUAGAUCCAUGUGCUAAAUCUGUGAUACAGGGGAACACCACAGUGCCAACUCAGCUGUGGAAUCGGUUCUGUGGUGGUGGGAACCUGAGCAGUACUCAAUGUGAUGAAUACUUUGUCCAGAAUAAUGUUACAGAGAUAGAGGGUAUUCCUGGACUGGGCAGUGGAAUUAUCAGAGAAAACCUUUGGAGCACCUACCUGCAGAAAGGCGAGAUCUUAGAAAAAGCAGGGUGGCAGUCAGUGGAUGCCCACAGUCCCGUAGAGAACUUCAUCAACUAUGUCUCAGCAGACAUUGCUACAUCCUUUACGCUUUUGGUGGGCAUCUUCUUGCCAUCUGCCACAGGUAUCAUGGCAGGCUCUAACAGAUCUGGUGAUCUCAAGGAUGCUCAGAAGUCCAUUCCUGUUGGAACAAUUUUAGCCAUAACGACUACUUCCCUUGUUUAUUUAAGUUCUGUGGUCCUGUUUGGGUCCUGCAUAGAGGGUGUGGUCCUGAGAGACAAAUUUGGAAUUGCUGUUCAACAGAACCUUGUUGUUGGUACUCUCUCCUGGCCAUCUCCAUGGGUUAUAGUCAUUGGCUCCUUCUUCUCUACUGUUGGUGCAGGCCUGCAGUCCCUAACUGGAGCUCCACGGCUUUUACAAGCUAUUGCCAAGGACAACAUUAUUCCCUUUCUGAGGGUAUUCGGUCAUGGAAAGGCUAAUGGAGAGCCAACAUGGGCUCUGCUGCUAACUGGCCUCAUAGCUGAGCUCGGGAUACUUAUUGCCUCACUAGAUAUGGUUGCUCCUAUUUUGUCAAUGUUCUUCUUGAUGUGCUACCUCUUUGUAAACUUAGCUUGCGCUGUACAAACCCUCCUACGGACACCCAACUGGAGGCCGAGGUUUAAAUAUUACCAUUGGGCUUUAUCAUUCCUUGGCAUGAGUAUGUGUCUCGCUCUGAUGUUCAUAUCCUCUUGGUACUAUGCCAUAGCGGCCAUGGGUAUUGCAGGAAUGAUCUACAAAUACAUUGAAUACCAAGGGGCAGAAAAGGAAUGGGGAGAUGGAAUAAGAGGACUGUCUCUAAGUGCUGCACGUUAUGCCUUAUUGAGGCUAGAAGCUGGACCUCCUCACACCAAGAACUGGAGGCCUCAGUUGUUGGUGCUGUUAAAGCUAGAUGAAGACCUUCAUGUGAAAUAUCCACGAAUGCUCACCUUUGCCUCACAACUUAAGGCGGGUAAGGGACUGACCAUUGUUGGCUCGGUGAUCCAGGGCAACUUCCUGGACAGCUAUGGUGAAAUGCAAGCGGCUGAACAGGCCAUAAAGAACAUGAUGGAGAUUGAGCGCGUCAAAGGUUUCUGCCAAGUUGUUGUGGCCUCUAAAGUACGGGAAGGCGUUGCUCAUCUGAUUCAGUCCUGCGGUCUGGGUGGGAUGAAACACAACACUGUUGUAAUGGGAUGGCCCUAUGGCUGGAGGCAAAGUGAAGACCCUCGAGCCUGGAAGACUUUUAUCAACACAGUCCGCUGCACAACAGCUGCCCACCUGGCCCUGAUGGUCCCCAAAAAUGUAUCAUUUUAUCCAAGCAACCACGAACGCUUCACAGAUGGGAACAUUGAUGUGUGGUGGAUUGUCCACGAUGGAGGAAUGCUGAUGCUGCUUCCUUUCUUGCUCAAACAGCACAAGGUGUGGAGAAAAUGUAAGAUGCGCAUCUUCACCGUCGCCCAGAUGGAUGACAACAGCAUUCAGAUGAAGAAAGAUCUGGCCACAUUCUUAUAUCAGCUGCGAAUAGAGGCGGAGGUUGAGGUGGUGGAGAUGCAUGACAGUGACAUCUCAGCUUACACUUAUGAGAGAACACUAAUGAUGGAGCAGAGAUCCCAGAUGUUACGGCAAAUGAGGCUAUCCAGUGCAGAAAGACAAAGAGAGGCCCAGCUGGUUAAAGACAGACAUUCAUUGGUGCGUAUGGGCAGUCUGUACUCGGACGAGGAGGAGGAUGUGAUGGAGCUUCCUCCAGAGAAGGUCCAGAUGACGUGGACUAAAGAGAAGUGCGAGGCUGAAAGGCGAAACAGAAACAAUGCUCCUGAGAACUUCCGAGAACUCAUGAGCCUCAAACCGGAUCAGUCCAAUGUACGCCGAAUGCAUACAGCUGUGAAGCUUAACGAAGUAAUAGUUAACAGGUCUCACGAUGCUCGAUUAGUGCUGCUUAACAUGCCAGGCCCACCACGCAAUACAGAUGGAGAUGAAAACUAUAUGGAGUUUCUGGAAGUGCUGACAGAAGGUUUGGAAAGAGUGAUGUUGGUUAGAGGAGGAGGGCGAGAGGUUAUCACAAUCUACUCAUGACCAGCUUUGAGUUGUCAGAGGCAAUGACCACAUAAGAAUACAUGCCACCAUGAGAAUGGAAGCAACACAUGCUUUACUUUUUUUUUUUUUUUUUUUUUUUUUACUUUUGGGUGCAAAAGAGACUGAUUCUAUUCUUGUAGAAUAUUGAUAAUGGUGGAAAAAUGCCAUUAUGUUGUUUCCUGACUAAUGAAAGCAGACAAUAUUUCCCUUAGAAUCCAGCAGUGUAAAAACACUCAUCAUUUUUAAUGUUAGCUGCAGAUAAACAACAAGCUUUCUUAAACUUGUAGGUUGCAGUUUGCUCAAAAAGUGAAACAGGACACAAACACCCCAGAUAAGGAGGGAAACCUUAUCUAUAUAGUAUUGUACACCCUAUGAUGCUGCCUACAUAUAAACAAGUGAUUUAGCUUUGACCAAAUACCAAUGAAAAAACAUAUGGGAACAUCAGUUUUACACCUUAAAAGGGCUAAUAUAAUAAUUUCAGUAUACCCUUCUUCCAAAAUGCUUGCAGUUAUUUAUAUUUGCAUAUAUAGUUACCUUGCUAAGGCAUGAACAACCAAAACUGUUUUAAGCCGUGUCAUUACUUGCAGUAAUAAGGUUGGUUUUGCAUUUUUGAAGAAAGCCAAGAAAUACGUAAUUUGCUGAAAGCAGCUUGUGAGUUGUGCAAACCCUCAAACCACACAUCAGAUUGGGUUUCAUUUCACUGUCAGGAGAAAUACAGAUGGCUGGCUGCUCCUGUGUUUUAGGACCUGGGUAAUGUUGCAGUCAUGUAAUAUGAUAUUACCUAAAGACAUAUUUAGGGUUGAACAGUAUCAGGUAAUUAUGACACUGCUAAAUAUGGUUGUGAAAAUAUUGAAUGCAGUUGCUUCUUUUUCUUCAUUAAGCACAAUACCCCACUUUGUUUUUUAUAUUUUGCAUUACUGCCAGAAAGUUAAAAAGUAAGUCUUCUUGCAUAUUAGCUUUUUUAUGUAAUUCCAAAAUUUACUAAACUCUGGUAAAUUGCAGAUUAAAGCUAAAGCUUUAUACCAGCCAUAAAGGGUUCUACAUAAUUUAAACUUUUCCUGAAUCUAAAAUGAUAGCUGAUGUUCUUUUCCAAGAGGAUGACUAUUACAUGAUAAUUAUACCAAAAUAUCCUUCCAUUAUUAACAUGAACAGAAAAAAAAUGUCUAAACUGCAAACCAGUUCCUUUGAUCCACUGCCAAAAAAACCUGCUUUACUGAAACCUUUGGCAUCUUGACAUGCUAUUCCCAGAACCCAUCCUACAGCAACACAACCGGGAAUAAGGCGAAUGACACAAAUAUGGAAUUAUAUUGACAGAGGAUCUAUUUUGCUAAUUUUCUGAGGGCAAAAUCCAAUCUGGAUAAUCUAAUCAGAAUAAGGUUACUUAAUGAAAAAUGCACAAAAGCUGUUUUACCAAACAAGUUGAGGCUUGAAAAGACUUAAAAAGCCUAAGAUUAAUGUUUAAAAUCCAUUUAUUAGCCUUUAUAUCUGCUUCAGCUACACUUCACGAUCGGAAUCAGUGCAACUAGCAGCACAAGAACUAAAAAUAUUAUUUGCUAGAACCUUUUGAUCAUAAAAGUAUUCAUUUUAAAGGAUAUUUUAAUUUAUUCCUUAUAAGAAAAAAAUAUUUAUAUUAUUUAUUUUCUGAACAUUCCCUUCUAUUGUUAAAGUUACAGUAACUAGAAAAUAUUACUGCAUCUUUUGAUUCUGCUUGUAAACAUGUUUUAAAGAUUUAUGAUUAAUAUUUUUGCAGAUAUAUUUCAACUUUAAACAAGGAUAAAACAAUUUCCCAGUAGUCUUAUUUAUAAGCUUUUGUUUACCAUGUUGGGGACCUGAAGUAUGGCUUAACUUAAAGCCAUACUUUUGCAACUUUUAUAGUAUUACAUUUUUUUUCCGCUAAAGUCACUUGGAUCAAUUUGCUUUUUAUAAAUACCUGCAUGUUUUCUUUUGUUGUACAUUUAAGUUCUAAAAUUGUUCCAUUUCAUACAGAGUUAAGCCAAUCAUCUAGUUAUAACAUUUUUGAAACCAAUAGAAACAUGAAAUUGGAUGAUAUUUUUGAGAUAUUAAGCAAGUACCUGAUAAAUAUUUUUGCUUAUUUGCGAGUCUCAAUAAUAGGAAGUAUUUUUUACCCAACAUGUGAAAAAACAGAACAGCUACAGUAUUUUGAUCACUGUAAAAUGUUUGUAUAAAAAUGAAUGGUGAUUUGAUUCUUCUUUUGCAACUGUCAUAGAAUUGUAAAAAUAUAUUUCAUUAAGCA